AGGCACUCAAUACGUAUUAUUCUCCCUUUGAUACGGAAAUCAAACGGAACAAGACCCUUAAAACAUGGGGAGAUUAUCAACAUGCGUUGCAAUUAUUUUAGGAUGUACCCUGAAAGUAUAUGCCCAGUUGCCCCCGAUGUUUGAACAGAUGGCUAUGGCUAUGGCGGGCGGAGGUGGCCAGGGAGCGGGGGCAAUGAACCCCCUCAUGCUGUCUGCCAUGAUGAAUCCAACCGCAGGUGGAGAAACAUCAGCUGCCUUCAACGAGAUGGCAAUGAUGAAUAUGAUGAUGAAUGGGAACGCAAACGCGGGUAGUAUGUUAGACACACAAUCACGGGUACCAACUAAUUCAAAUGACACUUCUGCUAGAAGAGGAAUGGUUCGGCCUCCAGUGCCAGUAAACAGAGGUCCCAAUAUUAACGACAUUAUGUCCAUGAUGAUGCUGUCUAACUCGGGAGGAACUCCAAGCACGGACACGCUACAGAAGAUGGGGGCAAUGCGAGCUUUACAGCAAAGUAACACGCGGGUUCUAAACCCCAGUCUGAGACCAAAUCAACUGAUGGACUUGACGAGAGACGGAGCGGGUGUGAGCGCCGUCCUCGCUAGGCAGAUAUGUCCACCACAGCGAUGUCCAUUCCGUGCUCCGUGUGAGAGUCCCAUAAUCACAUACAAGCCGGACACAUUUUUUGUCUGUCCAGAUUGUCCGAAAUGCCCUUUCGAAAUUAUGAUGGGAGUAAUGAAUCCGAGCGCAAAUUCUAUGAGUUCUAUGGGAAGGCGUACACUGCCAAUGAUGAGAAGGAACAUGCUGGGCCGCCAACGGAUGGGACGGCAGAUGCCCAUGCGUGUAUUUCCUAUGGGAUCUCAGACGGGGAGUAGAAACGCAACCGCAAGUGCUGCAUAAUAACAGAGUCGUCUUUCAUCGACCUACCUGUGUCGGGAAAGCAGAUAAAAAAGAGCGAGCAGAUUGUUGACAUCUAUAGCUGUUUUUACGACAAAGAAUGGUUGUACGGAUGAGUGAUUAUGAUUGAAUAGUGUGCGAGUGUUAACAAAUCCGUGUGUUAUUACCGGAAUGUUUAAAUUUACUUGCAUGAGGUGUUAAUUUGUUUUAUUUGUGUGUUAAAUUGUGUGAAUAAUUGUUUUAAAUGAAAUGAAAUAAAAAAACAAAGAACU